AUGGCCGUGGUACGGAUGACAUCCACUCGCCUGUUGCUGCGUCCUCACAUCUUCCCAAAGCCGACGGCCAGCCCAUUCAGAAAUCGCCCCUUGUCAACUGUCAACGUCAAGCAAUCAAGGCCAAUGUCGUUGGCUCCAUCUUCCGGGCCAUCUUCAAAUCCCCGCAUCCAAUAUUCAGAAGGAUGCGACCCGUCCGUCGCCCAGCCGGAGCUCGAGGCAUUGCUCAGCAAAGAAGCAGGCAGAUGGGAACUAUGCCAAGAUGCUCAAGGCAUUAAGAGGGAAUACAGGUUCAAAUCAUUUAAAAAGGCCUGGGCCUUCGUGGCGGCUGUCGCGGAACAAUGCAGUGUCGAAAAACACCAUCCUGAAUGGACCAACGUAUAUAACCGGGUUUCAAUUACCUGGACCACCCACCGUCCACGCGGGCUUAGCCUCAAAGACCUGAGAAUGGCCAGGUUCUGCGACGAGCAAGCAUCCUUGCAUGAGGAGAUAGUGGUCCCUCCUCCGUUCCCCGAGCAGUCACAGUGA